GAUAUUAGCCAGGCUUCUCAAAUUAUCUAGUGUACUGAAUUCAGAUGUUAGCAUUUCUUGUUUGUAUUUUAAUUUGCUAAAUUUAAAAUCUUCCUGUAGAGCCAUGCUAGUUCUACCUUAAAAAAGAGAACACCCCUCUGCUUAAAUGAAAUGGUAUUUCCUGCUUUCAUAAACAGUCAUGUGCAUAGUUUAGCAAGGCCUGCUGCCUCUGGAGCUUUUUCCCUUUAUAGCACCAUUGAAUCCCAGUCCUAACAGAAGUACUGCGAAUCUUGUGGCCUCAUUCUGAACAAAAGGGAUUAGAGAAGAAAAAAUCUCUUGAUAUAAGGCUUGAAAGGAAGAGCAGGCAAUCUUGGUUGUGAAUAUUUUCUGAUUUUUCCAGAAAUCAAGCAGAAGAUUGAGCUGCUGAUGUCAGUUAACUCUGAGAAGUCGUCCUCUUCAGAAAGGCCGGAGCCUCAGCAGAAAGCUCCUUUAGUUCCUCCUCCUCCUCCACCGCCGCCACCACCACCACCUUUGCCAGAUCCAACCCCCCCAGAGCCAGAGGAGGAGAUCCUGGGAUCAGACGAUGAAGAGCAAGAGGACCCUGCGGACUACUGCAAAGGUGGCUAUCAUCCAGUGAAAAUUGGAGACCUCUUUAAUGGCCGGUAUCAUGUUAUUAGAAAGCUUGGAUGGGGGCACUUCUCUACCGUCUGGCUAUGCUGGGAUAUGCAAGGGAAAAGAUUUGUUGCAAUGAAAGUUGUAAAAAGUGCUCAGCAUUAUACAGAGACAGCCUUGGAUGAAAUAAAAUUGCUCAAAUGUGUUCGAGAAAGUGAUCCCAGUGACCCAAACAAAGACAUGGUAGUCCAGCUCAUUGAUGACUUCAAAAUUUCAGGCAUGAAUGGGAUACAUGUGUGCAUGGUCUUCGAAGUGCUUGGCCAUCACCUCCUCAAGUGGAUCAUCAAGUCCAACUAUCAAGGCCUCCCAGUUCGUUGUGUGAAGAGUAUCAUUAGACAGGUCCUUCAAGGGUUAGAUUAUCUACACAGUAAGUGCAAGAUUAUUCAUACUGACAUAAAGCCGGAAAACAUCUUGAUGUGUGUGGACGAUGCCUAUGUGAGAAGAAUGGCAGCCGAGGCCACCGAGUGGCAGAAAGCAGGUGCUCCUCCCCCUUCGGGGUCUGCAGUGAGUACGGCUCCACAACAAAAACCUAUAGGAAAAAUAUCUAAAAACAAAAAGAAAAAACUGAAAAAGAAACAGAAGAGGCAGGCAGAGUUACUGGAAAAACGCCUGCAGGAGAUAGAAGAAUUGGAGCGAGAAGCUGAAAGGAAAAUAAUAGAAGAAAACAUCACCUCAGGUGUGCCUUCCAGUGAGCAGGACGGUGAAUACUGCCCGGAGGUGAAGCUAAAAACAGCGGGAUUAGAGGAGGCAGCAGAGGCAGAGACUGCGAAGGACAAUGGUGAAGCUGAGGACCAGGAAGAGAAGGAAGAUGCCGAGAAAGAAAACAUUGAGAAAGAUGAAGAUGACGUUGAACAGGAACUUGCGAACAUAGACCCUGCAUGGAUAGAAUCACCCAAAACCAACGGCCAUAUUGAGAAUGGGCCAUUCUUACUGGAGCAGCAGUUAGAUGAUGAAGAGGAUGAUGAAGACGACUGCCCAAAUCCUGAGGAGUAUAACCUCGAUGAGCCAAAUGCAGAAAGCGAUUACACGUAUAGCAGCUCCUAUGAACAAUUCAAUGGUGAAUUGCCAAAUGGACGACAUAAAAUUUCUGAGUCACAGUUUCCAGAGUUUUCCACCUCCUUGUUCUCUGGGUCCUUGGAACCUGUGGCUUGCGGCUCUGUUCUUUCUGAGGGAUCCCCACUUACUGAGCAAGAGGAAAGCAGUCCAUCACACGACAGAAGCAGAACAGUGUCAGCUUCCAGUACUGGAGAGUUGCCAAAAACAAAAACCCGGGCGGCUGAUUUGUUGGUGAAUCCCCUUGAUCCACGGAAUGCGGAUAAAAUUAGAGUAAAAAUUGCUGACCUGGGAAACGCUUGCUGGGUGCAUAAACACUUCACAGAAGACAUCCAGACGCGCCAGUACAGAUCCAUAGAGGUGUUGAUAGGCGCGGGGUACAGCACGCCCGCUGACAUCUGGAGCACAGCAUGUAUGGCAUUUGAGCUGGCAACGGGGGAUUAUUUGUUUGAACCGCAUUCUGGGGAAGACUAUUCCAGAGAUGAAGAUCACAUAGCAUUGAUCAUUGAACUGCUGGGGAAAGUUCCUCGAAAAUACGCUAUGUUGGGGAAAUAUUCCAAGGAGUUUUUCACCAGAAAAGGAGAACUGCGGCACAUCACCAAGCUGAAGCCCUGGAGCCUCUUUGAUGUGCUUGUGGAAAAGUACGGCUGGCCCCAUGAAGAUGCUGCGCAGUUUACAGAUUUCCUGAUUCCGAUGUUAGAAAUGGUUCCAGAAAAACGAGCCUCAGCUGGUGAAUGCCUUCGGCAUCCUUGGUUGAAUUCUUAGCAUAUUCUACCAAUAUAGCAUUCUGAGCUAGCAAAUGUUCCCAGUACAUUGGACCUAAACGGUGACUUUCACUCUUUAUCAGGAUUACAAGUGAGCUGGCUUCAUCCUCAGACCUUUAUUUUGCUUUGAGGUACUGUCGUUUGACAUUUUGCCUUUUGUGCACUGUGGUCCUGGGGAAGGGUAGUCUUUUGUCCUCAGCUAAGUAGUUUACUGACCAUGUUCUUCUGGAAACAAUAACAUGUCUCUAAGCAUUGUUUCUUGUGUUGUGCGACAUUCAAAUAUCACUUUUUUUGAACGAAAAAUACUUUCCCCUUUGUGUUUUGGCAGGUUUUGUAACUAUUUAUGAAGAAAUAUUUUAGCUGAGUACUAUAUAAUUUACAAUCUUAAGAAAUUAUCGAGUUGGAACCAAGAAAUAGCAAGGAAAUGUACAAUUUUAUCUUCUGGCAAAGGGACAUCAUUCCUGUAUUAUAGUGUAUGUAAAUGCACCUGUAAAUGUUAAUUUCCAUUAAAUAUGGGAUGGGGACUCAAAUUUCAGAAAAGCUACCAAGUCUUGAGUGCUUUGUAGCCAAAGUUGCAUGUAGCAGACUUUAACUGCUCCAAGGAGUUGUGCAAACUUUUCAUUCCAUAAUAGUCCUUUUACAUUGGAUUUUAAACAGAGUGGCUCUGGGUUACAAGAUGUCAUUCCCUGUAUGACACUUUAAAGGAAGAAAAGACAUGCUUCUCAUUCUGAAAUACGCAUUAUAAUUCAGCAGUCCCGUUCAUAUUUUUGCAUAUUUUUAAAGAAAAAGCAAUUUCCCUUUAAAAAUGUGAUGGCCUGGUACCAUGUGGUGUUGCUUCCUCCAAGCAUUGUAAGUUAAACUUGAUGUAGAUUAAAUUGGACAAGAGAAACAUGUUCAGUGUGUGGAAUGAAAAAAAUUAUAUAUAUUUUUGGAAAAGCAUGAUGGUGUUUAUCUAAAACACAAGGUAUGGUCUAUGCAGAUCACAGUGCAGUGGGCAGAACGCUCUUCAGCUCCAAGUUACAGUGUCCACGUUCAUUGCAUAGGCGACUUUAUGUGUGGCUACGACAAACUUUACAAGCUUUUUCAUUGUCUUUCCAUGAAUUGAAGUUGAGAAAAUGAUUUUCCCUUUGCAGGUUGUACACAGUUUUGUUUAUGCAUUUCCUAAAAAUUGUAGAAUCCAGGACACAAACCAUAGUAGGCAAUACAAUUUUAGAAUGUAAUAUAUAGAGGUAUAUUUAGCCUCUUUUAGAAGUCAGUGGAUUGAAUGUCUUUAUUUUGAAUUUUACAUUCAUUAAGGUGCCUCGCUUUUUGACUUUGUCCAUUAACAUUUAUCCAUAUGCCUUUGCAAUAACUAGAUUGUGAAAAGCUAACAAGUGUUGUAACAAUAAUCCAUUGUUUGAGGUGCUUGCAGUUGUCUUAAAAAUUAAAGUGUUUUGGUUUUUUUUUUUUCAGA